CUCCUCUGAAGAAAGAGAUGUGUUCAGGUGUUUUCUGUACACCUAGUCCACUUAGACGAGGAAGAAGAGCAGGAAUCAGUAAUAAAGGAGGAACAUCGGGACCAUGAAGUGUUGAAUUUACGAGCAUCACAUGAAGGCAUCAUUAGCCCAGCAGCAUCCGAGCCUGAGCGGAAACAGCUGAGAGAGGCGAGUUAACAGAGACCUGCAUGUCUGAGACCAUGUCCCACAGAUACCAGGUUUACUACAGAGACCAGGAUCUUCUGCGGAGUUCAGGAGUCCGACAGAAACCAGGUUCUGGACGGGACUGUUUCUGCAGGGCCGCGCGGAGGUCUGUGCGGAUAAAGAGUCCUCUUUGCAUUCACUGACUUCAGAUUCUUCAGGACUUUUCCUUGUCAGGUCUUGUGGAUCAGGAUUAUGGGACCUCCGGUGGUUCAGGGGGCUCCAGCUGUACCGAAGAUGGGGGUCCGGGCUCGAGUGUCUGACUGGCCUCAAAGGAGGGAGGUCUGGGAUGCUCAGCCCCCACCUAGAUACGACAAUCUGGUCCAGAACUUCCUGAAAGGACCUCAACAGAUUAGAUCAGAGACCAGAUACCCCUUCUGGGACCUCCUGAGUCACUCCCCCAGCAGGAGGAUGAAGAGGAGUAACAGCGAGGGGACCAUCAGUGACAUCGAAGAUCUGGAUCCUGCAGCCAUCAACCCGCACACACAAGCCAGUCUGAGGCGACAGUACGGCAGCACCUCGACUCUGGACCAACCUGGUCAGAGUGGACUGCCACCUCUCCCUGAACCUCCAUACCUCAAUGCCUUGCCAUCAGCCAGCCUGCAGACUGCAGCUCAGAUUGCCCGUGGGGAAAUGGUCUAUGUAGCAGGACACAGACCUCAGCAGACAGAGGCGUCCCUCUUUAGCCGACUGAGAAGUCCAAGAGGGUUCAGGGAUCAGCAGCAGGAGGUCAGGUUCAGUUUCUCUCAUUAUGAUGUUCAGAGCAUCUUCUUCAACAUCAGCGAGUCCUCCGACCCCCAACCAAACCUAAGACACAGGAAGACCACCUCUACGGUGGCCUGGGCAGGGUCAUCGCGGCAGGAAGCUGCUGAUCCUGCAGUGGACGUCACAGCAAACAUGUUCAGGAGCGACGAAAAUGGCGGUCUGGUGCUCAGCUGUCCGUUCUUCAUUAACGAGACUAGAGGGGAACCAGAUAAGAAGCUGGGCCUGACCAGGGCCAACAGCACCCCAGGCACCCAGUCAGUGUUCAGCAGAACCUGUUCCAACGCUGGCCUGUCAGUCCUAGAAGUCUGCAGUGAAAAUGUGUUCCCUCAAAACCUGGUGAAGAACUACGACAUCGAACACUUUGACCUCGGAGCCAAAUACUAUCUGAAAUACUUCUACAACAAAGAUCACCAGAACUAUUUUGCCGUUGAUGAAAACUUUGGUCCGGUAGCUCUGAGUGUCAGACGAGAGAAACUGGAGCAUGAGAAGGAUGAGAGACAGUACAACUACAGGGUUAUCCUCAGGACCAGACAGCUCUGCACUCUGAGAGGAUCCAUCUUGGAGGACUCUGUCCCGUCUUCCUCCAAACAUGGCACAGCCCGAGGUCUCCCUCUGAAGGACGUCCUAGAGUUUGUGCUUCCUGAACUCAACAUCCACAGUCUGAGACUGGCCACCAGUUCACCCAGAGUCCCCGAACUACUGCUGCAACUAGACCAGCAAGAGCUGAGUUUCCAGCACACAGUGGGUGUUUGCUUCAGGGCCAGUCAGAACUCUCAGGAGAACAACAAUAAGUCCAGUGCAGCUCUGGAGCAGUUCCUGGACCUGCUGGGUCACAAGGUCCAACUGAAGGGAUUCACCAAGUACAGAGCUCAGCUAGACAGCAUCGGUGACUCAACAGGGGGUCACUCUGUUUACACAAAGUUCAGAGAGUUCGAGGUGAUGUUCCACGUUUCAAAACAACUGCCAAAUACUGUAAACGAUACACAACAGCUCAUGCAUAAACAUCACAUUGGGAAUGACAUCGUCACAGUGAUUUUCCAAGAGCCAGACGCUCCGCCCUUCUGUCCCCAAAACAUCAACUCACAUGUCUUCAUCAUCGUCAGAGUCCACCGACCCUGCAGCCAACACACCUGCUACAGCGUUGCAGUCUCUAGGUGCAGAGACGUCCCAUGCUUCGGUCCUCUGAUCCCAGCAGGUCAGAGUUUUUCCGCCUCACCUGCUUUCAGGGACUUCCUGCUGAUGAAGAUCAUCAAUGCUAAACACGCCGUAGGCAGGUCAGAGAAGGUUGUUGCCAUGGCGAUGUGCAGCAGACAGGAACACCUGAUGGCGCUGGUGGAGAACUUUGUUACGUCAACACCAGUGGACAUGUCCUCCUCUGCAAGGUUCAGUUUCAUCUCUCUGGGAGGGAAGAAGAAGGAGCGCAGCACGCCGCGUCGAUAUGCUCACCUGCAGAGCAGCGGGGCGCUCACCUGGAGUGUGACAGCUCGAGACUUCAGCCACUCCACUGCUGUCACUUGCCUCCUUGCCAUCUCCAACGAGUUUGUGGUGCUGAUAGAGGAAGCGAGUAGACAGGUGGUGUUCAGCUGUUACUGCAGAGACGUGAUUGGCUGGAGCGCUGGACACGGACUCAUCAAACUGUUUUACGAACACGCCGACUGCGUGAUGUUUUCAACAACCUGGAAGGAUAUUGGAGAAAUCACGCAGAGACUGCAGCUGAUGAGUGGAGGCGCUCCAGCGGUGCCGAUGUCUCUCAGGAGGAACUGUCUCGGUCAGCUCGGCUUCCAUGUUAAUUUUGAAGGCGUGGUGGCGGAUGUCGAGGCCCAUAGCUUUGCCUGGCAAGUGGGCCUCCGCCCUGGCUGCAGGCUGAUGGAGAUCUGUAGCAUCGCUGUGGUAACGUUGUCUCACGAACAGAUGGUUGAGCUGCUGCGGACGUCGCCGAUGGUCACCAUGGUGGUCAUCCCGCCAAACAGAGAUGGGACGCCACGCAGGAGUUUCUCUGAGAUUUAUCCGGUCCCGAUCAUCAAGUACAAACUGGAAGCUGAUCUCACUUCCUGCUCCUUUAGAGAGGCCCUGCCCACCUGGAACCAGGUGUGUGCAGCCACACCCAUGUCCAAAACCUCAUCCAAUCAGUACACAGCAUCAGGACCAGAAAACCAUUUUAACCAGUUUAAACCAAGCUCCUCUUUUGACACAACGGAAGAAUCCAGAAUGCAUCAGGCCUGCGACUUGUCUCCCGUCUUGUUGUUCUGCAGCUCACCGAGCAAACAAUCGACCUCCAGUGACCCUGAACACAGCAGAGGUCAGUCUGCAGGUCUUCCUAAUGGGUCCAGCUCUGAUGGAGGCACACAGUACAGACUGGGGAGAACCAGGUCUACAGAGACCACGUGGCUUCAUCAUCAUCAUCAUCAUCAUCAUUAUCGUCCUCGUCAUCAUCAUGUGACAAAGGUACUGAGGGAGAGCCAGCUCAGUACAACAGUAGAGAGUGACGACCAGCAGCACAAAUUUGAAGACAAAAACUCUAGCAGCAACAUGUUGUCCAGCAACACAUUGUCCAGCAACUCGUGGAGCAGCAGCAGUGGGUUCAGACACUCUGAGCAGCAGGGCCUUACCUACAUCGAUGGGGCAUCAACAGACAGUGGUAUAGACUCCUUCCCCAGUAUUCCACUGGCCCUGCCUCCUGUUUCUACGGCUACGCUGGUCCUGCGAGACAUCCAAGGGGAGGGACCAGAUCGAGGACUGACCCAGAAAAUCAACCCGACAGCUGACAGCAAUCUGGGACACCUGACUGAGAACUGCAGUCUGUCCAGACUUCAGCUAUGGCUGACCACAGAUCUUCCGUUCAGCUGUCAUCCAGUGAGAGAAGUCUUUGUUAGGAUGAUGCAGUCUGACGUCACUGCAGGUGAGAAGUCCCUUCGUCAGUCCAUCAGCAGAGUCUCUGGGAUCCUACCUCCGUCUCCAUGGAGAUCUCUGACCCGGACGGCAUCAGAUGACAGUCUGUACAGGAGGACUUUGGCCCUCACCAGCUCCUGUGGCUCUCCACGUGUAAGCCAGCAGGCGGCGAUGAAGUGGAGUAUGCUUUCAUCGUUGUCUCUCCCUGACGUUCAUCAGGAGACAGAGACCUCCGCCCUGCAGGACAGUGACAUCACGGCAACUUCCCUCUCAGGUAAAGUCUUCCAGUUGGAGGAGAUUCUCCGUCAGCUGCAGCUUGACCUGCUGAAGGAGCAGCAGGAUAAAGCAGCGUUGCAGCAGCAGGUGCUCAACCUCCAUCAGGAUAACCUCCGUCUGCAGGAGGAGAGCCAGAGUGCCACCGACCAGAUCAUGAAGUUCACUGCCUGGAUUCAGAACAGGAGCACAUUACCAUAGCAACACGCUGAGGAGGACAUGACAGAGGUCGCCAUGGCAAUGUACAGACAUGUACACACAGCAUGUCCACCUCCUUUUACCCAGGAUCCACUGUGUUUAGGUGGUUUCCUGUUUUUAAUACAUUUUAUUUGUAUCAUAACAGAAGUCAAGACUGUAUUUAUUAAUGGUAUUUAUUGUUUAUUAUUUAUUGUAUUGUUUUAUCUUUGUUUUAUUAGUAAAAUUUGUGGUUUUACUUUCUGUAUUAUUUUAUUUGCUUCAAUCCUGAAAUGUUUAAAUCUUCGUUUGACCGUGUAAAACACUUUGUAACUUUGUUUAUGAAAGGUUUAUAAUAACAAGAAAUUAUCAUGACUAUUAUUGUUGUUCUUUUUAUUAUUAUUAUUAUUAUUAUUAUUAUUAUUAUUAAUUCAAUUUCAAUUCAAUUCAAUUCAAUUCAAUUCAAUUAUGUCUCAUGGACUUGAUGAUUUGACAGGUAGACACUGAUCGACGAGUGUUACUGGUGUUCCUCGCAGUUCUUGACUAAAAUAAUAAAAUGAAGACACUGUUUUUUUCAGCGAUGGCUGGUCCCCAGUCUGUGUCAUGUUCACUGUCCCCAUGUUUGUUUGUGUUUAUGUUUCCAUGUAGAAGAACGCAAAGCGUCAUCCGAAUGAUGAACAGUAUUGCUGUAAAGACAGAGACAGAGAAAUAAACGACAGACGUUCUUCUCUCAUCACAGUAUAUAUUUUGUCAUAUCACACAGAUGUAGUUUCUUUUGUUUUUGUUCUGAGGCUUCUUUCACCCAAACCUGAACCCGAACCCGAACCAGAACUAGUCUGUUACCUGUUACCUGUAAACAAGUUUUUAUCAAAUAAACCACUAAAGUCA